GGAAGAUAUACAUAUGUGGGUUUCCUGGGCAGGUUAGCCCUGAAAGGGUUGCCGUUUUCCAGCUGAUUCGGCCUAGGCCAAGGAAGCCGAAAACGGAAGAGGCAUAGAAAGACACUCACUCCACCUUGGUUCUUGCAUGAACAGAGGUGUAUUCUAGUUCCGUCUUUAGUUAAAACGACCCAAGGCAGGCUUAUGGUAAACCAUGUUCACUGGCCUUUGAAACCAGUGCAUUGAUUGAUCUAGAAAAGGAUAACAAACCAUCCUUUGAUUCGUCGGAUUGGCCCACUGGAUUAAGUUGAAUCUAGCUAAAAGUCCAAACUACUCCAAUCCUGUCGUAAUGGAGGACGAAUCCAAGUCCGUGGCUAAAAUGCCCGGAUCGCAUUUGAAUAAUGCGGAUGACGAGCCAUCACCCGCGGAGAGUAUCGUGAAAGUGAUCUCUCGAUUUGCCUUCAAAUCCUUUGCCUGGGUGUCCAUCUACCUUCUGGGAUAUUACAACUUCUCGGUGGCUUGGCUCUUCACUCCACUAAUCCUCACAGUGUUGAGAAGUCAAUGGAAAAAGGAACGCGAUGCCAAACUCUCAGCUGCCCGUGAAGCCGCACUCACCAAUGAGAAGCACAUGAUUGAAUCGAGAAUCCGGGUCGAGGAUCUGCCUUCUUGGGUCUUCUUCCCCGAUAAGGAACGGGCAGAGUGGAUCAACUCGAUUAUCCACCAACUCUGGCCUAAUGUUGGUCAUUACACCAGGAAACUGAUUUCUGAAUCCAUUGAGCCAUCCGUUCGCCAAGCCCUGGAGGGCUAUGGAUUUAGUGGGUUCAAAUUUGAACGUGUGGUUUUAGGUCAAAUUCCUCCUAGAAUCACAGGCAUCAAGGUUUACUACAAAAACGUCAACCGGAAUGAGAUCAUAAUGGAUAUGGAUCUGGUGUUUGCCAGCGAUUGCGACAUCAAAUUUAGUGUGGGCCGGAUCAAAGCUAAACUGAUGGAUUUCAGUCUUCGUGGUUUGCUCAGAGUGGUUUUCAAACCCAUUGUCAAUGAGAUGCCCUUGAUUGGAGGUAUUCAGGCCUAUUUCCUGGUUCCACCAGAAAUUGAUUUUGAUUUGGGAGGGAUCGCCAAUGCAUUUGAUGCACCUGGAUUAAGCAACAUCAUACGGCAAAUUGUUCUGGAACAAAUUGGGUUCUUCAUGGUCCUGCCACAUAAGUACACCAUGCCAUUGAUUGAAUCCGUUGAGAACAAGAUCUUGAAAUGUCCCGAUUCGGCGGGUGUGCUCCGGGUUCGAUUACACAAAGCCGUACAGUUGGCCAAAAAGGAUGUCGGAGUACUUGGCAUGGGCAAAUCUGACCCUUAUGCCGUGCUCACAGUGGGUGCAAGAUCGGUCAAGACCAACAGGAUCAACAACACCGUCAAUCCCGAGUGGGACUAUGUGGCUGAUUUCCCCAUUGAGGUGGUAUCUGGCCAACAACUGACUUUGGAAAUCUUUGAUCACGACGAUCCUGGAGAUGAUGAAUUCCUUGGACGAGCCACGGUGCAAACCAGUGUCGUGGCUAAGAAAGGACAUAUUCAGGAGAUGUGGGUGGAGUUGGAGGAUGCUGACACAGGACGUGCUCUGAUGUCGCUGAGUUGGUUGGAAGCCUCUUCGGACAUCAAACAGUUGGAACGACCUCAUCUGCCUGAAGAGAAAGACUUGACCAAGUGCCUUUUGCAUGUGUAUGUGGAUUGUUGCAAAGAGCUCCCCUCCAAGAGUCCAGCCCAUAAGCCAUGCCCAAUGGUUGAGCUCAAGGUUGGCCAAACUGUUCAUACCACUUUCCCGCAGUAUUACACCAACGAUCCAGUUUUUGAGCAAGGCUUCGUCUUUAUGAUCGUCAACCCCGAUGCCGAUGAUCUUCAUGUCAGGGUUUUGGACACCCGUAAGGACAAGGAUAAUGUACUUUGCACAGCAGUGAUUCGGAAUUCCAACAUCUUGAAGGAACCUGGAAUGGAAUUCCCCAAUCAACCGUUCCACUUGAAAGGAGGCAUUGGCAACUCCCAAAUUGUGUUGGCGGCCCAAAUUCGACCUUUGAAGGCUGCUGGCAAGUCUACUAAACCGAUAGAUCCACCCAAAGACUCGAAAGAUGAGGUGGAAACAAAAACCUCAUUGCCCACUGCACUUGAAUCCGACUCCACGCCAUCAGCCAAAAAAGACGAGAAACUGAUUAACUUGGAUGAGUCCGAUGAUCCCAAGCCCGCAGAACGGCCAUCUGUGGAUUCGCCCUUAGCCGCCAUGAUUGCCAACACGGUUACUCCAAUGGUGGAAAGUACCGCCUCCGAAGAAACAAAAGAGGAAGUGAAUGAGAUGCUAGAACCCAUUAAUGAAUUGAGAAGACGGGGUCCUCAAGCUUCCAUGAGUGCUACUGGAUGUGGAAAAGUAAGGGUGUCAUUGAUUUAUGACCAGGGCAGCGAGAAGCUGAAGUUUGUCAUCCAUCAAGCUGCUGGCCUGCCUGGGUCUGAUCUUCCAGAUCCACCAGAUCCUUACGUCAAAGUCUACUUGCUGCCCGAAAGGUCGAGAAAGAGCAAACGCAAAACAGAGGUGUGCAAGGACUCUUGCAACCCUGAAUAUGAAGAGUCCUUUGAAUAUGAAAUUCCUUUGGGGAAGCUUGGCUUAUCGGCUUUGUAGAUCACCGUGAUUGAUAAGAAGGGGAUAUUUUCAUCCAGUCCGUUGAUGGGACGAGCUCGAGUGGAGUUAAAUAACUCCAAAUUGAUGACAGGCUACACGGCAUGGUUUGAAUUGGAAGAGGAUGACGAUGAUUCGGACUGACGUAAGGCUAGGCGAUCACUUACCUUAAAUGGACAUCAUAAGAGGCCCUUCCACAACAAUUCCCGUAACUCCAAUUUGAAAUUGUUCAGCUUACGCCGAUCAUUGAAGAAGAUUAACCCAUUCUCGUCUUCGUCUUCGCCAUCAACACGAAUCUAAUCUACUAUGCACAAGUAAUGUGUCCUCGCUUGCUAAUGAUUGUUUAUGACCAGAAAAAAAUCUCAAAAUUUAUUAAAUUGGAAGAAGUGCCAUAUUACAAA